AUGUUUUUCGAAUUUUGCGUGACAGCCAUCAUUAUCGCGUUUCUCUGCUGGAAUCUACUGCAAGACGCAGACUACGUGUUACGAUUCUACGAGGCAUUCGGCAAAUCUGAUGAAAAUUUGCGGGGCAAAGUGGCAUGGAUCACGGGAGCUGGAAGCGGAAUCGGGAAAGCACUGGCUUUGCAUUGGGCCUCGAAAUCCGUUCGUUUGGUCCUCACUGAUCUCAAUUCAGACUCAUCUUUGCACUGGGCCUCGAAAUCCGUUCGUUUGGUCCUCACUGAUCUCAAUUCAGACUCACUAGAAAAGGUGAAAUCCACGAUCGGUGCCAUGAAAUCCCCGCACACAGGCAUCGAGGAUGUUCUUCUGCUUUCCGGGGAUGUGACAGUGAGAGAGAACCACUCGAAAUGGUUCAACAGUGUGAUGAACAAGUUCGGUACCUUGGACAUCUUGGUCAACAACGCUGGUCGACUCGUUCAAGGAGAAUUGGACUCGGUCCCUUUCGAGUUGAACAAAGACAUAAUGGAUAUCAAUACUAUGGCAGUUGUUGGUUUGACGAAGCAAGUUCUGCCACACUUUCUCAAGAAAAAGUCUGGUUAUGUCGUGACAACCUGUAGCAUCAUGAGCUACGUUACGUUGCCAUUCUUGUCCGCCUACUGCUCUUCAAAAGCCGCCAUUCGCGCCUACAUGAACUGCUUGCGAAUGGAAGUGACGAAGGAGAAUAUUUGUGUGACGGUCAUCUGUCCUGGAUUAAUUCAAACAAAUAUUGGGCAAAACAGAUUUCGAAAUGUCACUGGACAGCAAACGCUGACCGAGAAUUACCCAAAAAUUGUCAAUCCCAUGAGUUCGGAGAGAUGCGCUGAGUUGAUGAGCAUCGCUGUUGUGAAUCGGAUUUCUGAGGCAUGGAUAUCAACUCAUCCCGCCUUGGUCGUCGCCAGUUAUUACGUACUAAAACUGUGCACUGUUGACGGUCAAGAACCAUAUGUCUUCAUGUUAUUCAUCCCACAUCAGCGUUCAUCGGAUUGUAGUGAAAACAACCCCAUUCGUGUAUUGGUGCCGAGAAAAGUUUUUCUGAGGCAAUCGAAUCGCUGUGAUGGAGCAAAACUUCAAGACUGCGACAGUUGUGGUGCUGAUAGAUACAAUGAACUGCUGCAAUAAUGAACAAAGUCGCCAGAAAAUAAAUGUUGCAUACAGCGCUUGGAGAAAUGACUUUUUGGUGGCAUUUGUGCAAUGGAAGCGUCGUAGCAAUGAAAUCAAGUAUUAAAUGAAAACCUGCAGGAUAUUGAGA